UCUAACCCAAAUCCACCCUCACCACCCUCUCUCUCUCUCUCUCUCUCUCUCUCCCCAACCCCCGCCGCCCUCAACCUCUCUUUCCUUCUCCAAAACCUCCCUGGCUCUUUCUCUCUCCCCACAACAAUGGCCGAAACAGGUGCCCGUAACGCUUUCUCGGGAAAGAAGCGAGCUGGCUCGGACGAUGUCGACCGCGACGAUUACAUGGUGGUGUCGAAAAAGGCAAUCGUAACGAUGCCACCAUCGUCGUGGGAAGACCCAGAAACGGCUCUAGCCAAUGCGCGCCACGAGUUCGGAGAGCACGGCGGCGUUAACAUGUCGAUCGAAGCCUCAGCCACAUUCACCGUGAUGGAGCCGGAGACCAUGCGGCGUAUGUUCUCCGGCGAACUCGGUCCAGAUCGCGACUUCUUCAUCUACAGCCGCCACUUCAAUCCGACGGUUCUCAACCUUGCACGCCAGAUGGCGGCUCUGGAGGGCACCGAAGCCGCCUACUGCACCUCCAGCGGCAUGUCCGCCGUAUCGUCGGUGCUGUUGCAACUCUGCAGUAGCGGCGGACACGUGGUGGCUUCUCGGACACUGUACGGUGGGACCCACGCACUUCUCACCCAUUUCCUCCCACGCGCUUGCAACAUAACGACGACGUUUGUGGACCUGAGGGACUUGGAAAUGGUUAAGGAAGCCAUCGUUCAAGGAAAGACCAAGGUGUUGUACUUCGAGGCCAUGUCUAAUCCUACGCUGACUGUGGCUAACGUGCCGGAGCUGUGUAGGAUAGCGCACGAUAAGGGGGUUAUGGUAGUUGUGGAUAAUACCUUCUCUCCGAUGGUUCUGUCUCCGGCUCGACUCGGUGCCGAUGUCGUCGUUCACAGCAUCUCUAAGUUCAUUAGUGGUGGGGCCGACAUCAUUGCAGGUGCUAUAUGUGGGCCAGCAAGCCUUGUGAACUCAAUGAUGGACCUGCAUCAAGGGGCCCUAAUGCUACUAGGCCCAACCAUGAAUGCCAAGGUAGCCUUUGAACUAUCAGAAAGAAUUCCUCACCUGGGCUUGAGAAUGAAAGAGCAUUCCCACAGGGCCUUGAUUUACUCAAAGAGAAUGAAGAGAAUGGGUGUCAAAGUCAUCUACCCGGGGCUAGAGGAACACCCAGAUCACAAUCUGUUGAAAUCAAUGGCAAACAAAGAGUACGGGUACGGUGGACUACUAUGCGUGGACAUGGAAACAGAGGAAAGGGCAAACAGGUUGAUGAACAACUUGCAAAACAUAACACAGUUUGGGUUCAUGGCUGUGAGCUUGGGGUAUCAUGAGACACUCAUGUCGUGCUCGGGUAGCAGCACAAGCAGCGAAAUGAAUGCCCAAGAGAAGGCGAUGGCGGGGAUUUCGCCUGGUUUGGUUAGGAUGUCAAUAGGGUAUAGCGGGACUGUGGAGCAGAGAUGGAACCAGUUUGAGAAGGCACUCUCUAGAAUGAAUGACUCAACCUUAUUCCCUAAGAAUUGAAAGAAAGCUACUGCUGCUUUUUAAUUAAUGUAUUUGUAUUGUAUUCUCAGUCUUUUUUUAUGCUAUGCCUUGUCUCAUCCGCCAAACUUUUCAUGUAAAUAAAAAUGCUUACUAUUGUAUGCCGUGCUUGUUAAUUAUGGAAUAGUGCUUAUUGGAUAGUA